AUGUGGUUUAAUAUCCCUAAUUUUCAAUAGGAUGUUUAUGAAACAGGAUUCGAUGUUGAUUUUGAUUAAAAUCUAAUUGCUCUCUCUUUUUAGAUUUAGAUCUCAUCUUCAUAAAAUCAAUCGCCAGAAGCAAGUUUGUUUUAUUUUACCCCUUCAGAGACUUAAAAAGAAGGUGUAGUAGUAUUUAAUUAAAUGGGAGAAAUUUAGUGGGUAAAGAUUUGUUCUAAAUGCUACAACUAAUUUGUGACAUCCAUUUUGUUUAUAAAUGAUACUCUGAAUUAUGUAAUGAAAACUGAGAAAAAUUAAUUUGGAUUAAUAGAAUUUAAUAAGUUUAAUGGAGAUGAAAUAUCUGAUUAGAUUAUUAAUUUUUAAGAUAACCCAGCUAUCGAUUAUGAAGUACUUUACUUGGACCUCUAAUAUGAUAAAAAAUAUAAUUAAAAGAAGUAUAUACUAGCUGGAGUAAAAGGCUAGGAUGGACAAAAGCUGAAUAUGCUUGAGGAAGCAAGGGUUAUAACUAUAGAUUAAACUAUUUUAAAUGGAACAAAAGUUUCGCAUUUAGUUACAAAUACAUCCCUUUCGCCUUAACUUAAAACAAAUCAACUUUUUAUUGGGUAAAAACAUAUAUACUUAUCUUCCACAAUGAUGUAGGAAUUAAGUCCAUUACCUCAUGUUUGGGUUAUUUUGAAUAAAACAAAUAUGACUUAGUAUUAGAAAAUAUCGUACACAUCUAAUUAAGAAAACUUGAUAAAAAAAUCCUUAAUAUCUACUGAUGAAAAAUUUUUAAUCAACAUUUGUACCCUUUAUGAGUCUAACAAUGGUGUCUAAUUAAAACUGUAGUAUUAUGAGAAUUAAACAAGUUAUUUGAGAACAGUAUUAUUUUCUAAUGGUUAUGGUUUUGAUAAUUUCAUGGCUGAAUCUGUUUCAUCUUAAGAAAUUAUUUUUUACGCUUAUAGAUCCAGUUAAUCAUAUUACUCAUAGUUGUUUAAAUACAAUUUCUAUCAAUGA